AUGAUGUCGCCAGAUGACCGAGCCCUCGACGACCUGUUGUACGGCAGCGACCUUGGUGACGAGGUGGAGGGGGCGGAGCUGGGCGGCGGCGCAGAGGAGAGCGCUGCUGCAAAUAACGCUCCAACAGCCGUGUCCAUCCAGGAGCCAGUGACGUGUGCCGGAUGUGGCGAGCAGGUGCUCGACCGCUUCUUCCUAUUGGCUGCGGGGAGGGUGUGGCACAACCCCUGUCUGCGCUGCAGCCAGUGUCAGUGCGAGCUGCAGACGCACCCGUCGCUGUACUGGAGGGACGGAAACAUCUACUGCCAGCAGGACUACUGCAGGAUGUUUGGAGGCGGUCAGUGUGCUCGCUGCUUCCAGCCAAUCCCAGCUUCUGAUUUGGUCAUGAGGUCCGGUGAGCUGACUUUCCAUCCUCACUGCUUCUCCUGCCAGGAGUGUGACGUGAAAUUAAUGCCGGGGAACUUGUACUGCAUGCAGGGCACCAACCUCUACUGUCAGUCUCAUUAUCAGAGUGACGGGGGCGUGCAGCCCCCCCCUGACCUGCAGCCCAAGCAGCAUCUAGAUGAUGAAUGGUUUGCUGUGGAUUGUGGGCUGAGUGACAAACGUCUUCUUGUCCCUCUCGUUGUCCCUCAGGUGUGGUUUCAGAACGCUCGGGCCAAACUCCGCCGUUCCCUUCUCUCCGAUGACUCUCAGGUCAACUCGCCCUCUGCUCUUCCGAGAGCUGCCACCAUGGCAACCAGUCCCUCAUCCCCGACCUGCUCCCCGCCGGACCGAUCGCAGCCUUUUCCCACCAGCACCAUCGACCAGCUGCAGCUGUCCCUGCUGACCUCCCCGCUCAGUGAGCAGGUCAUCAGCCACCCCUCCCAGGAGCUGCUGCAAAGCCCCGACUUCUUCCCGGACUACGACUCCCAGAGCGCACCGGGGUGCAUGUCCACCCUGGAGGUCCACGGUGACUUUGGGGAGGCAGGAGGUGGAGAAGCUGCUCUGGAAGAGCCGGGGGCCGAGUGGCCUCGAGACAUCCAGCCAGGUGAGGAGAGUGAGGAGGAUGACGAGUCGUGGGAAGAAGAAGCUCUGCUGCAGGCCCAGAGAGGAGACCUGAUGGCCCAGCCGUUGUCGCCCUUCCCUGAGGGUCACUCUCUGGAGAGCAUGCACUACCAGGAGGGGGGGGAGGAUGGGUGGAAGAGGAACGAUGCUCUGACCUCCAUUGCGGGAGGACUCCAAGCUGUCAGCCGUGAGAAGGGAGGGUUUGGUUUCCGCUUUGGGAGGAAAAGAUGGACAGACGGGGAGUGGAUGGAAGGAGGAGAGGGAGAACAGAGGAGGACAAGCGGAAGUGACGAGGACGGAGUCUCGACAGGGACGAGAGACGAGAGCGAUGAAAGAAAGAAAGGCUGA